AUGGUUCCAAAGCCCAAGCGAGUUGCUACUGCAGCAGCACGAAAGGCGGCUGCUCGCAUGCGUGCAUCCGGAGAUAGUUCUUCUCACACCUCAGUAGCAGGUGAUUCGUCACCUACUGCUGUGAACAGUCCACGUGGUGAGUCACCACGUGCGACAGGUACAUCCGCUACGUCUGCAGCAGGUACCGCGGAUCGUAGUCCAGAUGAGUCUGAAAUAGAUCUCAGCUAUUCUGGCGAGUCGUAUGAUGUAUCCGACUCAAAGGCGACACCUCACGCCUCCGUAUUACCCGGAGCGGACACAGCAAGAGCCAGGUUGACUGGUUCUCAUCAACGUGGCGGCAUCAUGCUCGAGAUCUUCGGAUCGAGGGAUUGUUCCGACGAAUCCUCGCCUCGCGCGAGUCCAUUUAACGAUAGGACGCGUGGGUAUGGUGGUGAUGCACCUGUACAUCACCACGAGCGAAUUCACUCGCGGGAUCGAGGUGUUACUGGUGUGAGUGCUUAUGCUGACACCAAUCAAGCGACCAGGGACCGAAAUGUCCUGCACCACGCUACUUAA